AGGAGCAGGCGAGAGAGUGAGCGGGGCAUUUCUGCGCAGCUCGAGUGCGCCUCGCAGCCCGCCCGGGCGGCCGCCGGACGCAGCGACCGAGGGACACUCGGUGCCCGGAAGCCGCGCGCCGCCGCAGGUCAGCCGCCUCCUCGGCCCGGGAGCCCACGCUCCGCUCUCGCGCGUGAGAGCCGGGCUGUCGCCAAGGCUGCGGGCACUGUCCACGACCCGGAGCUUCCAGUUGUGUCUUUCGGUACUGGCGUGGGUGCCUGGCUGAGGACGUCUUCUCCAGGGAGCCGGUGCGCACCGAGGAGGGCUGAGUGCUCCAGAGUCUCCUGCUUCUGCUGAGGCGUGCUGGUCACCAUGACAACAGAGACAGGCCCUGAUUCUGAGGUGAAGAAGGCACAGGAGGAGGCUCCCCAACAGCCUGAGGCUGCUGCUGCUGUGACCACCCCUGUGACUCCUGCCGGCCACGGCCACCCCGAGGCCAACUCCAAUGAGAAGCAUCCGCCCCAGCAGGACUCCCGGCCUGCUGAACAGAGCCUAGACAUGGAGGAGAAGGACUACUGUGAGGCCGAUGGCCUGUCAGAGAGGACCACGCCCAGUAAGGCCCAGAAGUCACCCCAGAAGAUUGCCAAGAAGUACAAGAGUGCCAUCUGCCGAGUCACUCUGCUCGAUGCCUCUGAGUAUGAGUGUGAGGUAGAGAAGCACGGCCGGGGCCAGGUGCUAUUUGACCUGGUCUGUGAGCACCUCAACCUCCUGGAGAAGGACUACUUUGGCCUGACCUUCUGCGAUGCUGACAGCCAGAAGAAUUGGCUGGAUCCCUCCAAGGAAAUCAAGAAGCAGAUCCGGAGCAGCCCCUGGAAUUUUGCCUUCACAGUCAAGUUCUACCCCCCUGACCCGGCCCAGCUGACAGAGGAUAUCACAAGGUACUACCUGUGUCUGCAGCUGCGAGCAGAUAUCAUCACGGGCCGGCUGCCCUGCUCCUUUGUCACGCAUGCGCUGCUGGGCUCCUAUGCUGUGCAGGCUGAGCUCGGGGACUAUGAUGCAGAGGAGCAUGUAGGCAACUAUGUCAGUGAGCUCCGCUUUGCCCCAAACCAGACCCGGGAGCUGGAGGAGAGGAUCAUGGAGCUGCACAAGACUUACAGGGGCAUGACCCCAGGUGAAGCCGAGAUCCACUUCCUUGAGAAUGCCAAGAAGCUCUCCAUGUAUGGAGUCGAUCUGCACCAUGCCAAGGACUCUGAGGGCAUUGACAUCAUGCUAGGUGUCUGCGCCAAUGGCCUGCUCAUCUACCGGGACCGGCUGAGAAUCAACCGUUUUGCUUGGCCCAAGAUCCUCAAGAUCUCAUACAAGAGGAGUAACUUCUAUAUCAAGAUUCGACCUGGGGAGUAUGAGCAGUUUGAGAGCACAAUUGGCUUUAAGCUUCCAAACCACCGGUCAGCCAAGAGGCUAUGGAAGGUCUGCAUCGAACACCACACGUUCUUCCGGCUGGUGUCCCCUGAGCCUCCACCCAAAGGUUUCCUGGUGAUGGGCUCCAAGUUCCGGUAUAGUGGAAGAACCCAGGCACAGACACGCCAGGCCAGUGCUCUCAUCGACCGGCCUGCACCCUUCUUUGAGCGUUCCUCCAGCAAACGGUACACAAUGUCUCGCAGCCUUGAUGGAGCAGAGUUCUCCCGCCCAGCCUCUGUCAGUGAGAACCAUGAUGCAGGGCCUGAUGGUGACAAGCCAGAGGAGGAUGCUGAGUCUGGAGGGCGGCGUUCGGAGGCUGAGGAGGGGGAGGUCAGGACCCCCACCAAGAUCAAAGAACUAAAGCCGGAGCAGGAAACCACGCCAAGACACAAGCAGGAGUUCUUAGACAAGCCUGAGGAUGUCCUGCUGAAGCAUCAGGCCAGCAUCAAUGAGCUCAAGAGGACCCUGAAGGAGCCCAACAGCAAGCUGAUCCACCGGGACCGGGACUGGGAGCGGGAGCGCAGGCUGCCCUCCUCGCCUGCCUCACCUUCGCCCAAGGGCACCCCUGAGAAAGCCAGCGAGAGAGCAGGGCUGAGGGAGGGCUCGGAGGAGAAAGUCAAACCACCACGCCCCCGGGCCCCAGAAAGUGACACAGGAGACGAGGACCAGGACCAGGAGAGGGACGCAGUGUUCCUGAAGGACAGCCACCUGGCCAUUGAACGCAAGUGCUCCAGCAUCACGGUCAGCUCUACGUCCAGCCUGGAGGCUGAGGUGGACUUCACAGUGAUCGGCGACUAUCACGGCAGCGCCUUUGAAGACUUCUCCCGCAGCCUGCCUGAGCUUGACCGGGACAAAAGUGACUCGGAAACAGAGGGCCUGGUGUUCUCCCGGGAUCUCAAGGGACCUCCCAGCCAGGAUGAUGAGUCUGGGGGAAUUGAGGACAGCCCAGAACGAGGGGCUUGCUCCACCCCGGAUAUGCCCCAGUUUGAGCCCGUGAAAACAGAAACCAUGACCGUCAGCAGCCUGGCUAUCAGGAAGAAGAUUGAGCCAGAGGCCGUACUUCAGAGCAGAGUCUCCACUGUGGACCACACACAGGUUGAUGGGAGCUCCCCACUCGGGAAGGAGUUCAUGACAACCACCCCCUCCAUCACCACAGAGACCAUUUCGACCACCAUGGAGAACAGUCUCAAGUCCGGGAAGGGGGCAGCUGCCAUGAUCCCAGGCCCACAGACGGUGGCCACGGAAAUCCGUUCUCUUUCUCCGAUCAUCGGGAAAGAUGUCCUCACCAGCACCUACGGCGCCACUGCGGAAACCCUCUCAACCUCUACCACCACCCAUGUUACCAAAACUGUGAAGGGAGGGUUUUCUGAGACAAGGAUCGAGAAGCGAAUCAUCAUCACUGGAGAUGAAGAUGUUGAUCAAGACCAGGCCCUGGCUUUGGCCAUCAAAGAGGCCAAACUGCAGCACCCUGACAUGCUGGUAACCAAAGCUGUCGUAUACAGAGAAACAGACCCAUCCCCGGAGGAGAGGGACAAGAAGCCACAGGAGUCCUGACCUCUGUGAAGAGAUGCUGGCAUGUCUGGUCCAACCCAAGCCAGAGAACCAUUAAGAAGGGGCCUUCAUUCUGGAUUCUCCAAUGCCAACACUGAUGUCCCAGCUGCAACGUACUGUCACUCAUGAGAGACUGGGAAGGGAAAAGCAUAUAUACAUAGAUAUAUAUAUAUAGAUAUAGAUAUAUAUACAGGAAACACCGCGUUCUGCACUGCUGCUGGGGCUGGCGGAGCAGUUGGCCAACAGCAACAACCAACAUCUACAACAACCUACAUUUCUUUUGCAGAAAAAUGGAAGAAUUGAUGGGACUUUUCAGGAAAAAGAAAUGAUACCGACCAUAAUCCCUUGUUUGUCCCUUUCCCCUGCCAACCCACAAAAGUAAGCCAGACCACGAUGAUUGUAGAAGCACCGUUCCACCCUGGGUGCCCAUGGUCCAGCGAGCAGACGAGCCACCCAUUUGCUCUUCUCCGGUAUCUGUUGCCCCCUUGACUGCAAAGGAAAAUGGUGGCGCAGCCAAGCAAGAGAAGUCACAGCAGCAAGACACGCACAGUCAACUGUUUUCUGAGAAAGAAAAAAAAAUCUCCCACUUGGAAAGGAGGAGGAGGAACACUGGAUUAUUAUUUUCUGGGUCUUGACACUGGGCUGCAAAAUCCACCCUCUUCUUUCACCCUCCUUCCACUUCAAUUCUCACGUGUCUUGUCAUUUUCUGUCUCCGCUCCCUCCUCCUCCUCCCCUGUCCACACCCCUCCCAGUCUGUGUCCUGGUCCUGCUGAGGGCCCCUGCAGAUGACUCUCAUUGGAACUGAGAAAAAGAAAAGAAAGCAGGAACAGAAUACAAAGCCACAGGAAGUGAAGUAGACAUUGUAUGUUUCUGGUUUCUCAUGAUGAAGGUGCAGCUCGUAGGAGAUUUGUAUGGAUGUGCUUUUAAGUUAUGUAUAUUACAUAUAGCAGGAAACAAAUAUUAAAAUAAACAGUGCUGGUAAGUAUGAAGCUGACAUUUUAAAAUUAUAAUUAUCAGACUGUGAUUGAUGUAUCCCAAGGUUCCUAGAUCUUGCUGAACUGGCCCAGCUGAGGAGACCUGAACUCCGGGUGUGGCUGGCUCCCAGUAGGGUCUGACGGGUUCAGUAUAGUAAUACUGUGUGUGGUGUUUGUAAUUGGGUGGUUGGUGGGGAGAGUGGGGUCCGCCCAGCGGAGGCAGGGGUUCAGCAAGAGGCAGCAACACAGAGUAGAGUCCAGAAUACACUGGUCCAAGAUGCCUUCUCCCCAGCAGUAGCAGCCCGGCCUUGUCUGUGCUUGCACCUGGGGUCAGAGUCAGGAAUCUGCUGCUGAGUCCCCCCAUAGAGGUCCCUGGCUCAGUCCUCCUACCUCCCUAGGGGGCUUGCCUCGGUUUUCAGUCUUCUUUCUUUGUUUUAUUUUUACCUUGUUUUAUUAUUUUUUUUUUUGCCAUGUCUUGCCCUUCCCUGACCACAUUUGCCAUCCCCUGACCCUGAGUAGCUCCAUCCCCAAAGGGAGGUGGUGCCCUGACCAAGGCAGGAGGUAGUGGCUUGAACCCAGCUCUUUGAAAAUGCCCAGCUAUGUCUUCUCCUCCAUAUUCUGAAUCAUUUUCUUCUCUCUGAGCCCAAAAGGCUGUGAACCCAGGGCAGCCCCUGACAGAUCAAAACUGCAUUUCCAAAGGCAUUACUACCCCAGGACUACCAGAGGGAGGAUGAUGUUGCCUGAAGGUUCUGACUUGGGAGCUCUCCCCUUCAGUCAGCCAUUGAGCUUGGAGCCUGUGUUCUUGGAGUCCCCAGAAUUGCCUCAAGACCUCAGAGAAAUGGGUCUUUGCAGGAACCAGGUGUCCCAAGCAUACUAGACACACCUCAGAGCCCUUGGAGAAAGACUGUCACGUGCUUGGCGUUGCCCUCUGGCACAUGCGAGCUUCCUUGGGCUUCCUUGCCACAAGCCACUUCCCUGAGCUCAGGAAGUGUCCCUUGCUAAGGGAAAAUGUCCCACAGUGCUUUAAUUUUUCAGCCUCUUUUCACCUCUCAGUUGAUGAAUUUACUCAAGAAAUAUUUAUUGAGUACCCACUCAUGCCAGGCACUGUUCUCAGGCUGGAGAAGAAAGUGUGAAAGUGGAGGAGGGGCCCAGGAAGCCACCUGACCAGCCUUAAAUUUCCAACUGUGGCUGGCCCAUCUGCGAGCAUCUCCCCCUCUCCCUCCAACUUAUUGGCCAUUGCCUAGGGAUGUCCCCCAGAGGGCCCAGGCUAUAUGCACCCUCUUGGCUUGUUUACCUGUUACUGUAUGACAUAUAACUUAGCUACUUAGCUGGUGCUGGCUCGAAGCAGGACAAGAAACUAGAAUAGCUUCUGUCCCUGCAGGCAAAUGGGAAGUAGAACGAGGCUCUCAGAUGGCAGGGCCAGCCACAUCCCCUCAGUGCAGGCCAGCAGCCUCUCUGCACUCCCUGAGGACAGCAGCUCAGUUUCCUGCACCAGGUUCUUUCUGCAAUCCUGGUGGAGAAGCCACAGAACCUCCUUCCUGCCCUUCUCACCUGGAGACCUCCCACUUUUUCUGGGCCCAGAGUUGGAGUGGCUCCAUCUCUCAGGGCUACUCUGAAUUCAGCUCAGGUCCCCCUGUGUUUGCAGGAACCAGGUGUCCCAAGCAUACCAGACACACCUCAGUGGAAGAGCCUGUUUUGGGGUUUCUACUUGCUGACAGGGCCGGGUUGAAGUGACCAAGCAUAGCUUGUAGGCCACCUGAGUUUGGGGAGGUCCCCAUCCCAUGGGUGCUCUGGCUUUCCUCCCACAGAGAGGCAGGCAGCACCACCAGGGAGGAGGGGACUGCGAAGCUGGAAUCUAGGACACUGUUUCCUCCCCCUCCUCCUCUCCAUAGGGAGUAGAACUGUUUGUCUCAUCUGUCUUCAACCUAUUUUCCUUUUUGCCACUUUUUCAUCCUGUGUGCCACCUCUCCAUCCAAGAGGCCAGGUAGUGUAGUGGGAAAAGUCCCAGAGAGCAGACGGGAUCCUGAGUGACCAUCCUGGUUCAGCCCCUAACUCACCAUGUGACACUGGGCUAGCUGCAUUCCCUUUUGGAGCCUCAGUUUCUCCACUUGAAAAAUGAGUGGUGUAAACUAGAAGCUCUCCAGGGUCUUUUCCACUCUGCCAUCCUACAGACCUUUAUUUGUUCUCAUUUUGCUUUUUCUGGAUCUUUCCUAUCUGAGAGUACAGGAAGUGCCAAGACCUGUUUCUGUUUUUGAAUCCUGCAAGCACAUUCCAAGACUGGCCUGAAAUUGCAUGAGCUACAUCACUCUAAAUAAUUUUUUUCAAAAGCACUUUACCAACCAACUGCAGUGCUGUCCUGUUCCUUUUUACUCACACCCCUUUCUCUUCUCUUGUCCCCAUGCUCCCCCCACCUCAGUGCUCUGUGCUGUAUGCGUGUGCUCUCUGUUCUUGUAUACUCAAUAAAAGUGAAAUAAAUGUGUUUGAUGCUGAACCA